AUGAUAAAUCUGAAAAUUCAAGUAAUAGGAAAUUUUCUUGAACUUCUCAAGUUUCUUGCCGAUCAUAAUGAAGAUGUCAAAGUGGUUACAUUGAGCAAUGCUCCACAAAAUCUCAAGUUGACAUCUCCUGAUAUUCAAAAAGACAUUGUAAAUGUGGCAGCAUUUGAAACUAUCAAUGUGAUUAUUAAAGAUCUUAGUGAUGCACUUUUUUCUAUUUUGAUUGAUGAAACCCGUGACAUAUCAGUCAAGGAGCAAAUGGCAGUUGUAAUACAAUAUGUUGACAAAAAAGGCCAAGUGAUUGAGCACUUUUUGGGUAUUGAGCAUGUUGCUAAUAUGAAUGCUCUCUCACUUAAACAAGCUGUGGAAAAUUUAUUCUCCAGACUUGGAUUGAGUAUUUCCAGAUUGCAGGAUCAAGGAUAUGAUGGGGCUAGUAAUAUGCAAGAUAUUAUUAGGGAGAAGCAAGCUGCAAAAGUUGCUGAGGCACUUAAUACUAGAGAGCUAUCUAGUGGGCAAGGCUUAAAUCAAGAAACUAAUCUUAAACGUACUGGAGAUACACGUUGGGGUUCACAUUAUGGUACUUUAGUCAGCUUGGCUAGUAUGUUUUCAACAGUGAUUAAUGUGCUUAAAAUGAUUUCGGAGGAUAGUUCAAAUUCAAAACAACGAGUAGAAGCAAAUGUAUUAUUGGACUCAAUUCAAUCAUUUGAGUUUGUAUUCAACCUUCAUUUAAUGAAAACGAUGUUGGCUAUUACAAGUGAGUUAUCGCAAGUGCUACAAAGGAAAGAUCAAGAUAUUGUUAAUGCCAUGAAUUUAGUUCAAAUUUCUAAAGUACGGCUCCAAAAGAUGGGGCAGAGUAGGUGGACAUCCUUACUUGAUGAUAUUUUGUCUUUUUGUGAAAAGCAUGAAAUUGAUGUUCCCCAAAUGGAAUAUAUGUUUGUAGCUCGAGAGAGAAAAAGACGCAAUGCUCAAGAAAUUACAAAUUUAUAUCACUAUCGUGCUGAGUUAUUCUACACUGUUUUGGAUAUGCAAAUUCAAGAACUAAAUGCUCGUUUCAUUGAGUAG